AUUUGCAGGCAGUAGAUACUUCCCAGUUGUUUUCAGGUUCUUGCUUUCUUGUUUAUUCUGUGCCGGAUUCUUUGUUUUUCCCUGUUGGUCGCUCUGUUGGCAUCUGUUGCUCCUGGCUGCUGUGUUCCCUGUUCUUGCAUGUGUUCAGUGGGUGAGGGUCAGAUGCAGAAAGAAGGAAGAAGUGCCCAACCAUUGAAGACCGAGCUCUCCACAAGUGUCUUGUGAAUACCUCAUCAACGCUGAGACACUUUAGGAUGUGCUGAUGACGUUGAGAAAAAGGAUGUGCGGAAAUUACCAUAUGAAAGCCAGGGGCGUGUUCAGGCUGGCUGCUUGAGGUAAUGUUCUUGUCUAUAAGGAAGUGGUGGUGACGGGUCCAGGAGGGCGGGCGGAGGCGUUCCCCUGCCGGGGAGGCAGCCUGACGUGCAGGUAGGCUGUUUUAAAGCCUGAUCAGAGCACGGAUCAGACACUGUUUGGACUGGGACAAUGACACGAACACUCCUCCUGUGGGUUCUCUUCCUAAACGCCUCGCUCAAACCCUCAGAAAGCCACAAUCCGACCUUUGAGGUGGGGAAGGACUAUGAGGUGGUUCGACCUGUCAGACUUCAUGCGCUGAGGAAAAGAAGUGCAGAGCACCUCAGACCAGAGAGCGUUAAAUAUGCAAUGACUGUUGGAGGAAAACCCCUUCACCUGCAGCUUGAGAAAAAUAAUGAGUUACUAACCCAGGACUACACAGAAACCUAUUACCAGGAAGAUGGAACGCGGGUCACCUCGAGUCCGCGAGACGUUGAUCACUGCUACUACCAUGGGACGAUUGUGAACGACAGUGAGUCAUCUGUUAGCAUCAGCACGUGUGAUGGACUCAGGGGUUACUUCAGGACAUCAGCCCAGAGGUACCUGAUUGAGCCUCUCUCUGGUGGCGACGAGGGCGACCAUGCUGUGACACCCGUUAAUGACAAGAACUUCACGCCCGCCGUGUGUGGCGUGACCAACACGUCCUGGAGCGACGACAUGGAGCCUCCGACAGGCCGGAGCCGCUCCAGAGCUGGGGGUAUAUCGAUCCUCCAGCAGGAGAAAUACAUUGAGCUCGUCCUCGUAGCUGACAAUAGAGCGUUCGUGAAGAUGAACAGAGAUCUGACCAAGACGAGACGGAGGAUAUUUGAAAUCGUCAACUUUGUCAACAUGGCGUACAAACCCCUGAAGACCUUCAUCGCUCUGGUGGGCCUGGAGGUGUGGUCUAAUAAUGACUUGAUCUCUGUGACCAACCCAGCAGGGGCCAACCUGGAUGCCUUCAUGAAAUGGAGAAACUCUGACCUGGUGAAAAGGACAAAACAUGACAACGCACACCUCAUCAGCGGGAUUGACUUUGAAGGAGCGACUGUGGGGCUGGCUUUCAUCGGGACCCUCUGCUCUGAUCACUCAGUCGGGGUGGUGCAGGAUCACAAUGACAGAGCUAUUGCAGUGGGAGCAACUCUGGCCCAUGAGAUGGGCCACAACCUUGGCAUGAACCAUGACGACUCCAGUGCCUGUGCUUGCUCUGGGGACAGCUGCAUCAUGGCUGCAGCUCUAAGCUGGAACAUUCCACGCACGUUCAGUAGCUGCAGCACUAUCAACUAUGAAAGGUACCUGACAAACCGCAACCCCAGCUGCAUGUUUGACAAACCGGACAACAAGAUGAUCGUGGCUCCUGCAGUCUGUGGGAACGGCUUUCUGGAAGAAGGAGAGCAGUGUGACUGUGGCUCUGUGCAGGAGUGCACCAACCCAUGCUGCAACGCCACCACAUGCACCCUGUCUGCAGGUUCCCAGUGUGCUGAAGGCGAGUGCUGUGACAACUGUAAGAUCCAGCCUCGGUCCAAGGAGUGCCGCAGCAAGCGGGACGACUGCGACCUGGCAGAGUACUGCGACGGGAAGAGCGCCACCUGUCCAGAGGACAUGUUCACUGUGAACGGGCUCCCGUGUAACAAGGGUCUGGGAUACUGCUACAAUGGCCAGUGUCCACAGAGGUCAGACCAGUGCAUCAAGCUCUACGGGACCACUGCCGUCGAGGCCCCUCGAUCCUGCUUCAACUUCAACGACAAAGGAACCAACUUCGGCUACUGCAGACGUCUUUCCAACGACCAGUUCAUCCCCUGCCAGCCGCAAGACGUGUUGUGCGGGAAGCUCUAUUGCCAAGGAGGGAAUGCUAACCCGAACUACGGCCGCAUGGUCACAAUCGGGAACUGCAAGGCCGCUUUCUUCCAAGACUACACCAAAGACUACGGGCAGGUGGAUGAAGGCACUGUCUGCGGAGAUGGAAAGGUGUGCAGCCAGAAUCAGUGCAUGGAACUUGAAAGAGCCUACAGAAACACAAACUGUUCAGCAAAAUGCCCGGGCAAAGCUGUGUGCAAUCACAGGAGCGAGUGUCAGUGCGAGCCUGGCUGGUUGCCUCCUAACUGCGGAGAAAAGGACGAUGCCUUCAGUUCUCUAUCCACCGGAGCAACCAUUGCAGUCUCCCUGGCUGUUAUUCUGGUCAUCCUCGGCGUUGUCUGUGGUGUGGUGGGGUUCAUGUGGAGGAAGAAACACAGCCCCACUCUGCCAGUUCCACAGAUGCACAGGAAGCCACCGCCCGUAAGCAGCUCUGCUCCUCGCAUCAACCAGGACCACGCCAUCAGUCAGCCCAUGCCGCUCAGACAGGCGCCGAAACCGAAGCCCAAAGGCCUGCCGCCUCCACCACCUCCAGCAGGGAACCGGCCCAAACCACCCGGCCAGAACUACAUGGCAGCACGCCAGGCUCUGAGACCUGUACCUCCUCCAAAGGUGUGAAGUGCAGCACAGUGCCAAGCGUUCUUAAAGCAGGGGACGAUUUCUUUCGGGUCUUCAACAGGAGGCUGCAGGCAGCCCACGCAGAUGGUGUCCUGUUUCCACGAGCCGCUGCAUUUUUAAACUGCAGCCCCCCCAGCCUUAAUAGGAAGCACAAACUGAACUAUAAGUGUGGCACCUACCCUGGACCCACUUUGCUUUUAUACCCCACUUUUUUUAUACUGUACAUUAAACUAGACCCGAACGUAAUAAAUAUUAUUUUAUGACGAUGUUGGCACAGAGGCGCUUCAGGCAUCAGCGUUGGGUUUGUUUCUGUGUCUGAUGGUGGAACAUAUGUGGGACCGGCCUGCGUCUGGAGGCGGUGCGACGGACUGCAGCUACCGCCGCCACAGCAACACACUGCAUGUCUGCGUCUCGUGGCCAAUAUCAAGCCAUGUCUUUGUCAAGAACACUGUGAAAUAUGUUUGGGACUUUUUGUAUUCCUGUUUUAUUUACGCCGUCAUUGUAAAGUAUGAGCGGCGAUAUUUUUAAAUGCCUUGGUCAUGUUUACAUCAGAGUACGACAAAUCAUCAAAUCUCUGCUGGUUUAAUGUUAUUUCCAGGUGAUCAAACCACCGUUACUGAUGGACUGAACCAAAAACACCUGAUGAAAGUUGUACCUUCUAUGCUUAUGUGCUAUAAUCAACAUGUUUAAAACCAAAUGAUAAUUCUACAAGAAGCAUGGUAUCAGAUAAGUGUAAUUGUUACAAUUGAAGAAAUAUGAGAAAUUAACCAUGUGGUUCUAGUAGUAUUAUCCUCCAUUAUAGGAGGCCAUAACCUCGGGGUGUAAACUAAAGAAGAAUGAGGUUGGACUUUGGUGAAUGCUCUCAUCAUGGGUUUAAAUGAGAAAAGCUUCAUGUGAGGUAACACAGGACCUUACAGUACAGCAUUUCCAGUUUGAGCAAUAAAUGGACAGCAAAUCAGCCUUCAAGAAAGAUUUAAGAUUGGACUUUCAGAUAAGGUACAAGAGGGAAAAACUGUCAAACAAAAUGGAAAUUUGAAAAAGUGAAAUUUGGGUGUAGACCAAGGAGCACAUCAGCUCCAGCUGUUGAAGCAGAAGCUAAAAGAGAAAAUGUCUAAGAAGUGGAAAAAAAACAGGAGGGAAACAGGAGUCCGUGUUUGUCAGCAAGCUGCAUGGAAGGCUGCAGGGAUCUAAACAAAAGCCCAACUAGAACUGUGAUUAACACCCAAACCAGAGAAAAAAAAGGGACCCAGUCAUCAGCUGUGGCUUGCUGGAUGAAAACAACGGGUAGAGGAGGAAUCAAACUUUUUGGCCAACACUUUGUUAAGAUUGAACAGGCUACAAAAAAUAGAUUUUUCCUUAGACACAAGUCAUGUUUUUUUCCCUGCUCAACAAACUAAAUAUACAGUUUCAUAAAAUACACUACCAUCUUUAUUUAUGUAGCACUUUAAAAAAAAACACACAUGGUUGUUGCUCCACAGGUAUAACACAAGACAGAGAAACAAACUAUUAAAAACCUAAAAACAUUAACACAGCUCAUUAAAGUCAGACUCAAAAGUACAACGUCAGAUUGUCAAUGUGUUAAAAGCCAAAAUGUGUUUUCUGGUGAGAUUUACCAAAACCUCAGCUGAGGGAGCGUGUCUUAUGUGCGGCGGCUCCAGAGCUUCAGGGCUAGAAAAGAAAACGCUCGAUCACCUUAGGAACCCCCGACAAAAUCCAGUCAGCUGACCUGAGGGAACGUGAUGGGUAAAGGGAUGCAGCAGGUUGGACAAAUAUUCGGGCCCAAGGCCACUAAGAGGCUUAGAAACAAACUAAAGAACUUUAAAGCGAAUCCUGAAAUAAGACAAAGUAUCAGAUUUUUUAUAGAAAAGGGAUCUGUUCAAUGUUGUGUUUCCGAAACGUGAAAAGGGCUUAAUAUAUAUGCCUUACCAACAGAAAAGCAGGCAGUUCUCUUUUUGGGUGCAUUGUUUUAUAUCUUCUCAGUCUAAAACUGUUUCAGAUGAUUCUCAGCCACGACCAAGAGAUCUGAGUCAUGCUGCACAUUUGAAGUCCUACUUACAUUUAAUGAAAAAUUCAAGUAAAAAACUUUAAUAAAGGAUAAAAAUAC